CCGUAAUUUCACUAGAAUCAGAAACGAGUUGUAUGCGCGUGGUCAUGCUACACUAUAUUUUUUAAUUUCACACACACUUUUGUUGAUUCUACGAUUCAGUUCGUUUCCCUAUUCCCCCGGAUACUUGGAUUAUCCUUCCCGACAAUAGGUGGUGCUUCCUUGAUUUUGAAAGUGCCGUGUACUUGCCUGGGCAGAGGAUUCCGCACGCAGUUCAAGCGAAGUAGGCACACACACCAGCGUACCGGAUUGAGUUGCCGGAUAACACUAAAGACAUCAAGGCAAACGUCGCAUUUAUGUAUCGGAACUAUCUCAGAGGCACCGACCAGACCUUCCCCGAGAGUGGCUCUGGCGGAUCCAGCUCAUCCACGGGAACAACCACUACCUCAACACAGCCGCAACAGAAGUUUUCGGUGGCAGGUUCUUCCAGUCACUUCGUCCCCAGCCUCAAUGCCGUCACCUCCAGCCAGGAGCUCCAGUGGAUGGUAGAGCCCUCUAUCAUGGGACCCCCAGGACCCUCCAGAUCCCUGCGGCCCCAGUACCCGAUCCCCUCGGGGGCCCCGGGGGGUGCCAUGGGUGGCCCCAGGCACUUCCAGGGCCACCAGGUGUUCCGUCCGGGCGUGAUUCGGGCCCCCACCGGGUCUGGGUCUGGUGGGCACAGUACAAGGCGCCGCGCUGAUGACCACUUAUCCCCCGAGGAGCAAGAACGCAGGAGAAUCAGAAGAGAGCGAAACAAAAUGGCUGCAGCCAAAUGUAGGAACCGCAGAAGAGAGCUGACCGACACGCUUCAAAGUGAGACCGACCUGUUGGAAGAUGAAAAGUCUCGCCUGCAGAAGGAGAUAGCCAACUUGCAAAAGGAGAAGGACAAGCUCGAGCUGGUUCUCGAGGCCCACCGUCCCAUCUGCAAGGCCCAGGACAGCGACUCCGACUCAGACUCCGACUCCCACCCGACCCACUCCAUCUCCCACUCCCAGCGCCACCAUCACCAACGUCCAACUCUGGGUGGCAUCAAGAUCGAGCCCGACGACUCUGACCUACCCCGCCCCUCGACCUCUGCCUCAGCCUCCAAGGCCAAGGUAGACAAGCCCAGGCCCAAGAUCACCAUCCCUCCUCCUCCGUCCUCACUGGCCUUGACCUCCACCACCAUUGGCUCCUCUGCCUCCACAUCUUCCUCCACCAUGCUCAUGGAGUCGGAGACCCUCAACACUCCCGUGCUGUUGUCCACUCCGUCCCUCACCCCCUUCACCGCCAGCCUAGUCUUCACCUACCCAACAGCCGCUCUGGAUGUCACUGGAGGCCACUCCGAGGGUUCCGCUCAGAACCUUACCGUCGGUUCCGGGUCUUCUUCGAGUUCCUCCUCUGCUCACCCGCUUGGGAGUGGUCAGGCGGUGAGGAGGCACCAGACGCCUUGUGGAAUAGCUCAUCGCCGUAGCAGCAGCAGCGGGGACCAGUCUGAUCACUCGCUCCACUCCCCGACCAUCUUGACCUUGUGAUUGGCUCGAACGUUGCAGAGAUACGUGAAGAACAUGGACUGAUGAUGAUGAUGAUGAUGAUGAUGAUAGAAUAUAGAAAUAUAAAAAAUGAAAAAAACGAAAGAUGAUGCCCUUUGAUCCUGAUAUCGUAGUAAAGAAAGGAUAGUUUAUGAGCACUUGGAGGGACCAUUUUGACCUUGUGAUAGGCUUAAACGUAGCCCAAGCGUUGCUCUAAUGUUGCAGAGAUGCAUAUGAACGGGACAUGAACUGAAUGUUACGCAAACAAUGAUGAGGACACAGUACAAAAAUAUGAUGAUAAAAUGUUGCCUGCUGAUCCUAAUGUCAUAGUUUUAAAAAAGGAUAGUGGAAACACGGUUAAAAGUGUUUUAAAGGGAUAUCAUAGAAGUAAAAUAAACAUUUCAGCACAUGAAAAUGGAGAAACGCUACUUUGGACCCAAGAUAAAUAUAUCAGUUAUUUCAGUAACAACUAAACCACAUGUAUUUUGUGGCUAUACUAAUGAUUAUAGACAUUAAAAACCUUGAACACUUAAGUUAUAACAUGCAUUAUGUUACAUACAACACGCUGCUAUUGGUAUCAUCUCAACACAUGUAGCAUCAGAGGUAAUAUCACAGAAUGUGUGAUUGCUCUGAUUAUGCUAUUUCUGAGUAUAUUCAACUGUGUGCAUUAAAGUCCAAUACAUGUCUAACUCUUUGCCCCACCCCUACCCCUCUUUUUUGUAACCUCACCGAGCAUUGUACUGCCCGAAUACCCCUGAUUUCUUUUUUAUUUAAGAUUGUAGUACUUUCCUUUUUAGGUAUAUUAUUGCUUAUAUACAAACUUAAAUCCAUUUCAUGAUAUUGACAGUAGUAGACCUGUAAAAUGCUACUUUUGCCAUGUGACUACAUGCUCACUAUGCACUUCAGAUUAAGUUCUAAAUGUCACACUAUUUGUCAGGCAUGUUGUUUUAAGUUUGAAGAUAUUGAAUAAAGGUAAUAGAGGUAAUAUAUGUUAUUUUAUGGCAUAGAGACACAACCACAAGGCUGGACCACAAGGGUACGUCGAGAUAUUUAUUUUGGGACAAAAAAAAUUAUAUAUGAUAUUUUUCUAAGAGUUGUUUGUUACCAGUCUGUCGUAACAGAAGUGUCUACUGUGUUUGCAACUAUGACAUGUUUUGAUUGAUUGAAUAAAUAAAAAAGUGUGACUCACAAA